CAAAACAUUUUCAUUGUUGCGCGUCGACUGAUUGACAGUAGGCUAGCCUAUGUCCAUUGUUUUGUUAUGACUAAUCAUGAGGGGGAGUGUAUUUACCAUGACAGGACAGGACCAGGAAACUGUAAAAGUGCGGAUGUGGAAUGGGCUACUCUUAAACAAUCGAGCUUUUUCCAAUUUGUCUCUAACAGAACUAUGCCAGUUUUCGCCAACUGUGUUGUGGUCUUAGAACUGAAGGAUUUGCCUUUCAAGGAGAAAAAGAAAGUUCGUUUGGCCAUUACAGACAACGGAGGCAGCCUCUCCUUUGUGGUCAACAAGCAGUGUAGCUUAAUAGUGGUGAGCAGCCUGGGGAGUCUGAGCAACAACCGGCAGCGGAGCGCCUGGAAGCACCAGGUGCCGGUGGUGGGGCUGGAGUACGUGCAGGCCUGCCUGGAGCAGAAGGCCCUCCUGCCGGCCCUAGAGCACGUCCUGGUCCCUGUGACCCCCACACCCCACCCAGCACCAACCAUUCAACCAGUGAGACUGCUGACUACUGAGGAGAAGUUCAAAGGUCAAGAUCCCCCCCAGAUAAAGAUUGUAAAAAGUCAGGUCAAGAAUGACUCUAAGUAUGUUUACAACCAUCGAAUCUACUGUGAGCGUGACAGAGACCUCCCCACGUUCCCCUCCCACUUCCAGGUGGCCAAGUACUCCAUCCAUAGCACUGCUGCUGGGGGCGGUUGGUGUGUCCUGGAGCUGCAGAGUGCCAUAGGUGAGAAGGGUCAUGUGUUCCGGGUUGUGCGCUACAUGAAACAGAGGGUGCUGGAGCGAGACCAGCUGGUGUUGUGCUCCUGCUCUGAGGAUGCUCUGGAGGUGUAUGGGCAGCUGCAGGACAGACUCAGAGCUGACAACUUCCAGCUGCAGAGACGCCUGCCUCCACAGCAUGAGGACAUGGGCUCUCCCAGCCUGAAGCAGCUGCUGCUGGAGGAGGAGCUGAACUGCAGCACGCUGUCACAGGAAGUGGGCGUGUUUGUGGAGCUGGUGUGGACUGAAGCACUGGGGAGUCUGACCAAAGUCCUCAAAGUGCCGGCCCUCAGCAUCAGCCCCAAUGAUGUGAGCCGUGCGGAGGGUUUGCUGCUGCAGGUGCGGAGGUCAGAGGGGGCGGCUGAGAGGAAGGUCCUGCUGGAGGAGCUCCACUCUGUGCUGCCCCACACACUGCCCCAUACCCUCCCUACUGCCAAGCUCACCUCUCAGGCACUGGACCUGUGUCAGGUGCUGAGAGACACGCUGUCUGUGAAUGAGGCGGUGAUGAGGAGCUCCAGUCCCUCCAGUGUGGGGAAGUACAGAGCCCUGGGCUGCAGCAUCGAGAGCCUCCCCCCUCAGAGCCCUGACUACCAGAUCGCCACUCAACUGCUGCAGCACCACGACAAGCAGGGGGAGAUUAAGAUUCACCAUGUGUUCCAUGUGCGCCGUGGGGCAGAGCUUCAGAUGUUUAGGGAGGAGCUUGGGAACAUUAAGCCCCUCCUCCACUCCACCAGUCCUGCCAGCUUUGUUGGAAUCCUCUCUCGGGGUCUCCUGCUGCCCCGUGUUGGAGUGGAGCAUCAUGGAGUCCAGCGCACAGAUGUGGGGCACCUGGGAGGAGGCAUCUACUUCAGCGACUCCUUCAGCACCAGUGUGAAGUACUCCAGGCCCGGUGUCACGGACGGCUCACGCCUGCUGCUGGUGUGUGAGGUGGCGCUGGGAUACUGUAGAGAGUUCCGGAAGAAGGACACCACCCUGACCAGCGCUCCUGAGGGCUACGACAGCGUCCAUGGGGUCCGCAGCACCCCCAGACAACACUCAGAGUUUGAGGACGAUGAGUAUGUGGUGUUCAGCCCUGACCAGGUUCGGCUGAAGUAUGUGGUCCAGUACACACUGCCAGACGACCAGCUCAAGGACUUCCAGCCGUCUGUUGACACGUCUGUGGAAAACAUCCCUCCAGCAGGAACUUCUGACACAUUGGGCAGUGAGGACAGUGGAGGUUUUGAGGACGUUAAGAACCCCCUGGACAGCGUGACUGCUGGUCUCCUGGACAGCGCUGGACAGACACUCCCCCUGCAGGCCGUCCAUGUGAAGUGCAAGCUGGUCGAUCUGCUGUCUCAGGUCAUCAUCUUCCAGACGUACUUCAACCCGAACACCACCCCCAUCGAGGCCAAGUAUGUUUUCCCCCUGGAGGAGUCUGCCGCUGUGUGUGGCUUUGAGGCCUUCAUCAAUGGGAAGCACGUGAUCGGAGAGGUGAAGGAGAAGGAGCAGGCCCAUAAGGAGUACAAGCAGGCCAUAGAGAAGGGCCACGGGGCUUACCUCAUGGACCAGGAGGCUCCUGAUGUGUUCACCAUCAGUGUGGGGAAUCUUCCACCUGGUGCCACCGUCCUCAUCAAGGUCACCUUCAUCUCUGAGCUGCUGGUGAAGGCCGACUCCAUCUUCUUCCAGUUGCCUGGCAGCGUGGCGCCCUGGCAACAGAGUGCUGCACUUAAUGAAAGGACGCAGGGUACAGUGGAGAAGGUGUGUGUUGGUGAACUCAGUGGGGUCUUCUCUCUCAGUCUGUCCAUUGAGAUGCCUUAUGAGAUCAUCAAUCUGCGCUGUGAUACACACCGUAUUCAGACCAAGAGGACUGACUGUAAGGCGGUGGUUAGCACGUUGCCCGGGGAGACGCUUGGUUCUGACGGGUUCCACCUUUACAUCACUCUGUCUGAGAUGCACAUGCCCCGCAUGUGGGUGGAGAACCACCCCGACAAGGACAGCCAGGCCUGUAUGCUGGUGUUCUACCCUGACUUCGGGGCCCUCCAUGGGGCCGGAGAGGAGCCCAGCCCUGGUCCCGCUGCUCCUGGUGGUCCUGGUGGCCGUGGGGUGCAGGAGGUGCUGCUCCUGUUGGACUGCUCUGAGUCCAUGCAGGGGGAGACCCUGCUGAACGCACGGCACAUCGCCCUGCACCUCCUGAGCAAACUGGACAAGAAACUCAAGAUCAACAUUGUGCUGUUUGGGACAGAUCAUAAGGAUGCCUUCAUGUUCUCCAAAGUUCUAGGGGAUGCAUAUGAACCAGCCAAGAAGUUCAUCAAGACCUCCCCACCAGUGGGGGGCAGCACUGAGCUGUGGCGGCCCCUGCGCAGCCUGAGUCUGCUGCCUCCAUCCCAGGGCAGCAGGAGCCUGGUGCUGCUGUCUGACGGCCACGUGCAAAACCCCACCCUCACCCUGCAGCUGGUCCGCAACAACGCUGCACAUACGCGUCUCUUCACCUGCGGCCUCAGUAAAACGGCCAACAGACACAUGCUUCGUGCCCUUGCCCAGGCAGGUGGUGGAGCCUAUGAGUUCUUUGACACAAAAACCCGACACACGUGGUCAGAGAAGGUGGCGUCACAGGUGAGGCGCUUGGCGUCUCCAGGCUGCAGCUCGGUGGCGGUGAAGUGGCAGCUGUUCAGCCCAACAGCGCCCCCUCCUGUUCAGGCCCCUGCACAGGUCCACGCCCUCUUCAGCAACUGCCACACCUUGGUCUACGGCUUCGUACCCCACUGCACACAGGCCACUCUCUAUGGGGAGCUGUGUGGGCAGGAGAUUAAGACCAUGGUGUCCACCACAGAACUGCAGAAGACUAAGGGCACGUUUCUUCACAAGCUCACGGCAAGAGCAGUCAUUAGAGAUUAUGAGGAUGGUAUUCUUCACCUGGAUGAAGCCGAACAUGAGGGGAAGAAAGCACAGACGAAGUCCUUUAUCGUGGAGCUCAGCAAAGAGUUCUCCGUCCUCUCCCAGUUCACCAGCUUUGUGGCCAUUGAGGAGAGGGAUGCACAGAAGCCUGAUGAGGGCUUCACAGACAUCCCCAAGCUGAUUGCAGAAGAGGACGUGGACCUGCUGCCCUAUAUGGGCUGGGAAGAUGAAGAGGCGGCGACACUGAAGGAGGAAGAGGAGGAUCUUAGUUAUUUGGGCUCUGUUUCUAAUGUGGAGGAAGAGUCUCAUUCCAUUCUGGGCUCUGGGCUUUUUAAUGCUGAAAAGAUUCACGGUGAUGCUCUGUACAUGGAUGAAUUUGCGGAUGAAUUAGUCUCCUUUUCUGGGAUAAUUGAAACGUUUGAGGAGGACCUGGACGAACUGAUUUCUUUAGAGUCUAAACUUGAUGUUGAUUUGAUGAACUUGAACGAAAUUGAUAGUUGCCCCCGUCCUCCUCCUCCUGUCUUAGAGGGUCUCAUCUGUCUCUCUUCCUCUCGACACUCUCUUAAUAGAGCUGUAAGCAUGAGCUCCGGUCCUGCUCCUCCCCCUCUCCUACCCCCUCCUGGGGCCUUCACCAUUGCUGUUCAAGGCUCAGCUGGCUUCACUGUGUCUGGGACUCCAAUCUUUGCCCCAACCCCUAUGUCUUCUCACACCCCUAAAAAAAGAGGGGGGAAGAGGGGGGAAGGGGAAAUGGAAGCUGUCCCUCUUGCCUCAGGAGAACACUCUAUUGCCUCAGGAGAACACUCUAGCGUACAGAGACCCAGUGCACAGGCCCCAGACACAGUGCACCUUGCCCCUGUCUCUGCUCCUACUCCAAGCCCAGCCCCUUCAGGUGUUGCCUCCCGUCGCUUAGCAUCUGAGGCACGCUCAGUUGAUGUCACGAGAUCCACUCUGCCUCCUCCCGUUGAUCGUGCCAGUAAAAGAGCUAGCAAGGGCUAUGAGGCUCCUCGUCCCCAAACCUAUAGGCACCUCUCUGCUCCUGCCUUGAACUCCUCACUGCCGCUUGGUGGCCGUGCUGUUUCCUUCACCCAGUCAGUUUCAGACCGCCCCCUUGCUGCCUCGGAUGUCAUGUCGGCUCCUUUACCUCCUCUACCCCUACGUAAACGCUGUCCGCUCCUUGCUCCUGUUGUCUAUGGGGCUGCUUAUUCUGCCCCACCUGUCACUGCAGGCGAUGGUGAUGAUUCUGACUAUAUUGACAUUCUCCAGGGCUCCUCUCCUGUCUAUAAGGCUCAAGCAUUGCCCUCAGACCACCCCCUUGCUCCCUCUCCUCUGCUCCCUUCUCCUGUUGUUUGCGGUGUUCAGCCUGUCCUGGCUCAGAGACACAGAAGUGCUGCUCUGGGGAGCCCCCUCAGAAGAACCAAAGGUCUGGCCUAUCCCUCUAACAUGGUCUUGGAGAAAUGCUCUGGGAUGUCUGUCCCUCUGCUCCCACCAGUAGAAGCCCAAGAACAUGGUUCCUCUUUUACUCCUGGUCCACGACAGGAAUCGCGGUAUCGCAGAGUCCAGAAACGCUGCUCGCUGAGAAGGAAGGGCCCAUGCUUACAGGAUGUGAGAUCACAUAUUGAGAUCAAACCCAGUGCAUCAUGGGGACAGCUGGCAUGUCUUCAGAGACCAGAGGGUUACUGGGAAUGCACAGAGGAAGUAGGAUUGCUCCUGGGUGUGGAUCUGAACUUCUUUGCCAACGUUUUCCUGAAAGAAAAAGGCAUCUCAUCUCUGGGCCCCAAGGCCCAGGCUGAUAUCCUGAGGCUGGUGUCCACCCUGCUGGUCCUGCAGCUGGUGCGCGUCAGGAAGCUGGUCCAGGGAGAGCUGCUGCAGUCUCUGUUCCGCCUCAGAGACCCUCCUCAACACAGCUCUUCCGAGUGGGAGGCCCUGAAGCGGGCGGUGGACUGGGUGCGCUGGGCAGACAGGCAGUACCCGUGCGUGUGCAGCCGGCUGGAGUUCGGCCGCGACUGGGAGUCGUCCACACGACAGCUACUGGGAUUCGACCGCCCGCACCCCCUCUCUCCCCUCAACCCUCUGCUGGAAAGGAGCAGAACCAUACUAGCCUGCUAGAAACACACACACACACACACACACACCGUCCAUACUGGCCUGUUGUCUGUUUGAUUUGAAUCAGUCUUCUAAAUCGUCUGUUUACCACUGGGGAGUGUCUGAAAUUGUUGAAUAUUCAAAAGCCAAUGUUGCAGUUAAAGUGUGAUACAGGAUAUAAUUUUAUUCCAAGUUUUACAUCGACAGUAUCUUAAAAAAUAUUAUAAUAAGGGGUUAUAAUAUGGCUAAUAGAUUUCUUCCCCUGCUGCCUGCUUUCACUGGGGAUAUAGAAAUGCAAGAAAAAUCAAAUAGGCAAUCAGACAAAUACAACAAACUAUUGUAUUUGCAUUAUUUAUUAUUUAAACAUUUAUUAUCUUGAUCACAUAAGUGCAAAUUCUUCAGCAGACAAUUUUAUCUAAAUGACUAUAUAGCACAUAUAUUGUACUUCAUUGAAGAUGGCUGUACUUUGCUUGAAGAAUGCUCGUAUCGCUCCCUUUGAAGACAUGCCGUGACCUCUGUCUGUACGUCUGUGCUGAACAGGGAUGUAUCAUUAGAUCAGUGUAUAUCAGACUGAUGGAAAACCAUGCCAAUUUCCACCGAAUAGUUUAUCAAGUAGAAGUAUGUCUUUAGUAUGAUAUGUAUUAAUCAUGAUCAAAGCCUGUGAGCCGAUUAAAAAAUAUACAUUUACAUUUUAUUAAUGUGCAAAAGUCAAAGCUCUUUCCUUGAAUAUAAGUAAAUAAACAACUGUCAGUAAGUAUGUGAUCAA